AUGUUCCCAAAGCUUGCGCUUUUCUUCUACCUCGCCUUGUGUUUGCUAGGCUUAGCGAAUGCACUUCCAUCUGGUGAAAACGCCGCUAUCGCCCGUCGCCAAGCAGCAUCUUCUGUCCUUGCUGCUUCUAUCCCCUCCGUCACUACGACGACCACCAUCCAAACUGCAAAUGGUCCAAUGAAUGAGACUUGUGUCCUCACAUUCACCCCGGUUGGCAGCCAAGUCCAGGAAGUCCAGAAUUGCACCAUGUCGAUGGGUGGGAGUGUGUUAUCUAGCACUAUUGUCACUCCAUCUUCUACACUCAGUGUUGCGCCUUCGUCAGCCGACGCUGCUAUUUCAGCGACCCCUACCGUUCAAGCUGCGUUCGUCCUGCCUGGGACGUCACUACAGGUGUUGCCGGUGGGACUUGGAGUGUUUGGGAGUAUCACGGGUAUCACUAUCAUUAUCGUAGCCUUGGUUACUCUCGAGCGUGUUCGUUAUCGCAGGGUCUUCAGGGAACGUAGAUUAGCCGAACAGGGUGCUAUGAUGGGUUAUGGAGGCAACGUGAUCGAGAACAAGGUCUAG